AUGUCUACAAGCUCGGAUGUGUGUCUGAGCACAGACGAUUCAGUAGAAUCUAGUGAUUUGAAAAACGGUAUACGUCUCGUAUGCGAAAGUAGAAGUUCUUAUACAACCACCGUAGGAUGCUUCUUCCCAGCGGGCGCAAUGUAUGAAAUGCCCGAAGAACGUGGUAGUUCGUUAUUCUUGGAACAUUUACUUUUCAGGAGAACAAGGCGCAAGAGUCAGGAAGAAUUGAUGAAAGCGUUCGAAGGAAUCGGCGCAAGGGUCACUGCUAUUACGGCCAGAGAUAUGUUCCUUUUUUAUGGAACCGUACCUUCCCGUGGAACGGCUAAACUAAUUAAUUUAUUUGCAGAUGUGAUCAUGAAUAAUGUUAUACAGGACCAAGAUGUUACAAGAGAAAAGUGCAUUAUUCUGCGUGAACUGUCGACAAUAGAAGCAGACAGAGAAAAAGUUGCAAUGGAUUAUUUGCCAACGAUUGCGUAUCAGGGUACAGGACUUGAAAAUAGCGUGUAUCCUGAAACUGAUGUAGUCAAAACAUUUUCGAAAGAAACAUUAACUGAAUUUCAAAACCGUUUGUUCAAACCAUAUUCCAUGACACUGGUCUGCACUGGGCCUAUUCGUCUACAAGAGUUAGAGAGAAUUGUUUGCAGCAGCUUUAUAAGCGACUCAGAGGUUCAUGAGAAAGCGCAGUUAUGUACAGAACGUGAAUUUCGAUUCUCAGGUACUGAAGUACGACUCAGAGAUGAUGACGAUGAGUUAGGGUAUGUAGCUGUAGGUGUAGAAGGGCCAGGCUCUAAACAAUGCGGAGAUUAUUACGCACUUAAUGUAGCCAAAGAAAUUGUAGGUAGCUGGGAUAGGUCAUACAGUGGAGCAAAUCAUAAUGCACCAUAUAUUGCACACGGUGCGUUCAAUACAGAUUUGUGCCACAUGUACAAAUCAUUUUUUCAGAAUUGGGCACAGACUACUAGCAUUUGGGGAUGUUAUUUUGUAUGCGAUAAAAUGUGUCUUGAGACUAUGACUAAAGUACUGCAAGCAGAAUGGAUGAGAUUAUGUACAACGAUAAAUCAGAAAGAAGUAUCGCGUGCUGUAAAUCAAUGUAAAAUGAAGGAAUUAAUGUUACUGAAUGAUCCAGUAAGUCGUUUCUUCGAUAUUGUCAGACAUUUCUUUAGAUAUGGAUAUUACAUACCGAUUCAACAAAGAAUUACAGAAUACGAGAAAAUAACAGCAGAUAGGAUAAGGGAAACAUGUGUAAGAUAUAUUUAUGACCAGAGUCCAGCUGUUGUAGCUCUUGGUCGAAUUGAAAAUUUGCAGGAUUAUGUUGUCAUAAAAAAUGGAAUGUAUUUAUUAAGAUAUUGA